AUGUCUGUGAGUCUCACUUCACCCUCCAAUAGUUUAGUCAGAAAAGAAACAAACACCCACCGUGUGUCAGUGCUAUCGCUCCAGGUGCUUGGUCGUUUGUUGUGUUCGUGUCCGGUGUCCCUCUCAGUCCACUUCUCGUGGAGGUGCCGGACAGAUGCGGGUCUGGGUUCUGUUUGCCGUGAGGAGUCCUCAGCUCCUGCGUCUCUCUGCUGGAAACCCCGAGCUGGACUCCCGGAGUGGAGCGGAGCGUGGAGAGGAGGAGGAGGGGGUGCCGCUGUUGGGGUCGGUGUCGGGGGAAUCCCCCGGUGGGCGUACAAGGUGGCCGGGAACUGCCACCUUUGUCCACAGGGGUCGCUAA